GAAUAUUGAAUGUAGUUACUACCAAACCGUCGCUAUCUCUACAAACUGGACUGCUUAAAAAUGCAAAUGCUCAAUAAUGUUGAUCUUUGCAAUCCUUCGUCUCCGGAAUGCCAGAUUCCACGGAUUUGGGCACCAAUUUCUAUCUUUGGACUUUACUUUGAUCCUUCGGUUAUUCUCGAAUUACAGUGUAAUCUCUAUGAAACAAGAGGUUUCGAACAGACAGUCAGCAUCAAAGUUGAUAACAUCAGAAGAAUCACUGACAGAUAAGUCCAAAUUGGAUGGCUUUCCCAGCAAUUUCACCAUCUUUGUCUUUGGCUGAGAGGGACAUUUAAACAUAGUACUGAAAGGGCAUCCUCAGCUGUGUACUAUGGCCUCCGCCCCAGAAAAUGAAGCUUUUACCCCUGAAGACAUAUUCAUCCUCUCUGGCCAAAGUAACAUGUCUGGUCGUGGUGGAGUAGAUAAGCAUAAUCAUUGGGAUGGAAUUGUUCCACCUGAGUGCUGUUCUGAUCCUGCCAAAAUUUUCCGUCUUAGUGCACAUCUCAACUGGGAGAUGGCAUGUGAACCACUUCACCAUGAUAUUGAUACAAAGAAGACCUGUGGUAUAGGACCUGGAAUGUCAUUUGCAAAUGCAAUUAAGGACAAAAUGGGAGCCAUUGGCCUGGUGCCAUGUGCCGUAGGUGGAACUGCGUUAAAGGAGUGGGGAAAAGGGACACACUUGUAUGAGAACAUGAUAAAUAGAGCCAGAGCUGCCAUGCAUCAAGGUGGAAAAAUUAAGGCAUUGCUUUGGUAUCAAGGUGAGAGUGAUACAUUAUACAAGCAUCGUGUCGAGACCUAUAAAGCUAAUAUGGAGAAGCUAAUACAUAAUGUGCGUACUGAUUUAUAUAUGCCUUUUCUGCCAAUUAUUCAGGUAGCAAUUGCAUCAGGAGAGGGAAAGUAUACUGAAAAGAUAAGACAAGCACAAAAGAGGAUUGACCUCCCAAAUGUUGUUUGUAUCGAUGCCAUGGGAUUGCAACUCAAGGAAGAUAAACUCCAUCUUACGAGUGACGCGCAGGUCAAACUAGGCCAAAUGUUUGCUGAUGCAUACCUUACUCACUUUGCAGCCACAAAGCAUUCUUCUGUUCACUCGUCAGUGAAACGAUCCUUCUUUUGCUGUUGCCUUAAUUAGAUGAGCAGCUUAUAGAAUGGAAAAAGCAGUAUCAGAUCAUUUAGUUUGAGAAAUGAACUACCACAAAACGGAUUUAUUAAUUGUUUGUAUAAGA